UGUCGAACUCACAAUUACUUUCAAAAUGUUGCGAACAAUAAGGCUCCAGCUACGGAAAAUUCGUUCAGCAAAAAAUGAGUCUGGACUCAGCCCGGAAUUGCCUCGCAUGGAAACCCCCGGCAUAUCAAAGAAAAAUCGAGCACAGCAUCUGCUACAGUGCCUUCACAUGCUGCUUUUUUAUUUUGUGGUGCUGGUCCUGUCUCCUUUGCUCAUCUUUAGUGCACUGAAGCUGUUUGUGUUUCAGUGGAUCUUUGGCAUAAGUAACACCGAUUUGAAUGCCGAUAUUGGUUCCGCAGUGGGCACAGUUAUUGCCAUGCAUGUAGGUCUAACCGCCUAUAUUUUCCGGUUAAUUGCUAUGCAGGAAUUUUCAAAAAUGGAAAAGCAAGAAACCCUGGCCGAGUGGAAAGGCUUGAAUUCUCAAGAUCUGGGCGCCGCCUCUGUAGUGUUACUACUGAUGUUCUACUGCGUAUUGAUUUGCAUUUUUCCCAUCUUCACUUUCUUCAUUUUGAAAUUCAUUGUGCUGGAAAAUGUAUUUCUGGUCACUGGCAUUGAUGCGGACAUUAUAUCAGCGAUAGGAGCAGUCGUUGCUGUACACGCAGCCUUAGCUGUCUAUAUCUAUCGGGCUUAUUAUGGCGCUGCACACAGACUUUUCAAGACGAAAUGAACACAGUUCAUACAUUUUGUCAUUUCCCAUUUCCCAUAACAUCUAAAUGACAUCAUGUUUCCAUUCAAGAACGAACAAGCUGAACUAUCUUUCACACUUAACAUACGCUAUAGAAUAUAUAAUAUAAUUUC